AAAUUAAAUAUACACACGCGUACAUAUGCACAUAUACGUGUACACACAUACGAAUAAAAAGUGCGUAUUCAAAGGAAAUUUCAUCAAUAUUUGUUCCAAGGCAUUGAAAAGAAAUUAAUUAUCGCGAUUUUUGCAUUUUUUUAUCCUCAUCUACACUCGCGGAUUCUGUAUACGAAACGGAAGAUUUGUGCAGUAUAUGGCGAUGAUGCUGUUAGUGAGCGUGUGGUACAAAUUUGGUUUUCAAAAUUUCGAAAGGGCGACACAAGCUGCGUUGAUGGACAACGCACUGGGCGUCCAGGUGUCGCAGAUAGUGAUAAAGUCAAAAUGUUAAUUGAAAGAAAUCCUCUUUUCACAACUAGAAAGAUUGCGGAAAUUAUUAAUUUAUCGGAAAAAACCGUUGCCGACUACUUGCAACGCCUUGGAUAUGUGGUUGAUGGCAAUGGCUGGCGCUUCGAUGAUACUGCUCCAACAUGUAAUGACAGCGACAACAACACAUCGUCAAUAGACGAGGAGAAAAGUGUUGCAGAGGCAGAAGUAUUCGGUUAUUGCAACAAAGAAUUUGCAUACGAACAGCAGUCUCUCAAUUGUAGCGUUCAAAUCGCCCCAACGGAAGCAAACAUCUCUGAGCCCCGACCGCCAAUUUACUCUACCACAGGCUUUACAUAUAUUGAAAAUGAUAGCUACCAUGACAUCAACGAAGAAGGCAAAGAGAAUGCUAACACUGGCAACAACGCUCCAAAUGCUUUACCCUCAUUUUCAGAGUAUUUUUCGAAUGUUUACACCAGUUACCUUAGAGGUGGUAGCAGUGGGUAUUGUGCAAUCGAAAAUAUAAACUGCAACUCUGUGUAGACCUUUGAUGGUGGAUAUCCGUUAAAAGGGCACAGUUAAAUUUACAUACAUAUUAACGUCAUAUAUCUAGUCUGCCAACACAAACAAAAAUGUUGCAAUCAAAGUAGACUUGCUUGCUUGGAAGUCCGACCAAGAAGCGUAUGUCUCUAAUAAUAACACAUAGUUCCUCUUUACUGCGAGUAUACACUAAUUAAUUUAUUAUAAUAUUAUACAUACAUACAUACAUAUGCAUAUGUAUUUAAUCAAAUUUUCAAAAAGAGCAUUUACAUACUCUGUAUUACAAUGUUUUUAUUUCAAUAUUGUAUAAUUUUUAACACAGCGUCAUGUGAGAUGCGACUGACCGAAUUAAUGAUUUUUAAUCUAAGCGAAACUUGAUUCCUAUUUAAAUGGCCUGAAAUAAAUGCGUAUAUUUUAUUGAAA